AUGUCCACUUCCCCCACCAGCACUCCAGAGAUUCGCGAAAUGGAGACUCAAAUGGCUGAAGGGGAUUUCCCACGCUCACAAAUCCAAGAAGCGAUCGCUAAGUCCCACAAGAUCAUGUCGGCCAUAUACUGGGAUCUCAAUGCUACGUGGCAUAUGGAACGGAUCGUUGCCGCAGAUCCAUCUCUUGAGGAAGUAGAGCUUUACGAUAAGCAUUGUGCAGCGGUUCGAACCUUCUUAGAUCAUGCUGUAUGCUACAAGUAUGCUCACAUUUUCCAACCAACAGAACCAUUUCCAAAUGUCAAUCGGUGUCGCAAUUGGCUUUUCAGGCAUGGAUGGGUCUUAUUCACCAUGUGCGCGCAUUCUGAAGCCUUCCGAACCGCCUAUCUCGAGGAAACGACUUUUGUCUGGGACGAGCUAAGAAAGCUAAUCAGUGCUAACCAGCGUAGUAUUGAAGUUUUUGUCCGAUCUCGCAACAUUGACUGGAGGGGACCGCUUCUUAUCUACCUCCAAUUUGAUUUUCCAGACAUGCUCGAAGCAGUCAGCCCAAAGCUGAAUAUAGGAACGGAGCAUCCUCACCAUAUAGUCCAGACACUGGAUGGUUUUCUCAAGCGCCCUAUUCACGCCGGCAAGGCACAAACUAACAUCAACGGGUUGGUAUUCAAGCCUUCGCGGAAAGGGCAGAAGCAUCCCUUAUUGCGUCCCAAGAAGAUGGGACCCUGUAUGGCAUGCCCAAAGGUCUGCAAAUGCGAAGAGCCAGAAUUGGUAACCUGCUUCAACUGUGGCUCACAAAAAAUCUGUGACUGCCGUAUCGAGAGCAUGGCUGGUGAUUUGAUCGAACUGGUAGAGUAUCCUAUCAAAGGAACCGGAGUCCGGGCUCUGAGCAACUUCAAGGAGGGCACUAUCUUGGGUGAAUAUUUAGGUGAGGUUAUUCCCAUCACCAGGACUUGUAAUGACGACAUCUAUUCUAUGGCGCAGUCGGGCUUCCUUUCAAUAUGGAGCCAGGGAAUGCUUGGCCCAAACCCACUCGCCCAUACAACAUCUGCACAUCUUGGGAACUGGACCCGAUUUAUCAAUCACCACUGUGAGUCAAAUUGCUACUUCGAGUCGAUCAUGAUUGGUGAUAGAGUCACGACUAUUGUUAAGCUACUGAGACAGAGCAGUAAAUCUCACCUCCAGGUUACCCAAAUCAAAGGUCGAAAGAACGUUGUUCAAGAAAGUAGCACCAAGGAUAUAAUCGCCCCCACCAUCCUGGACUUCGACAAUACAUUGGUUCGUAGCCGGAUCAAGCAGAGGUCGCACAAUGAGGUCGUCAGCGCUAACGGGGAAGUUCAUGCCGCCCACAGUGAUGGCGAGCUUGGGUGCAGUGGCAUUGCAGGGAACUUCAUAAAAUCCGGUGGACGAGGCGAUGGUAGCAGGUAUGAGCGGACUUGGGUUGUGGUCUGGGAUCUUACCACUCGGAAGCAUGGCGAGAGUGGUAGCGGUAUCCACAAAGCCGACGAAGGAGGGGAAGAGGAGGAGUUGGUAUCGUUGGUUCCUCUAACGAUAGCACCGUCGAUGUUGAUGUAG